AUGAACCUGUCAUCUGUCACUGUGACAGCGGUUGGUCGAACUCCAGAUUCUUUAAUUAAAGCUGUGGCCAAGAAUCUGAUUGUUGUGAUUCUCGGGAUCUCCAUCAACUUCAUCAACACAGGCCUCAUUCACACCUUCAGAAAACACCAGAUCUUCUACAUGACUCCACGAUAUAUCCUUUUUAUUCACUUGGUGAUCAACGAUAUGAUCCAGAUCACGUUGACCCUCCUGCUUUUCGUUAUCAGCUACACCAUCCACAGGAUCAAUGUCUCCAUCUGCUCCAUUAUCCUCAUGUUUGCUAUUUUCACCGAUUUUAACACGCCUCUGAAUCUGGCCUGCAUGGCGCUGGAAUGCUUCAUCGCCAUUUGUUUCCCACUACGCCACGCACAUAUCUGUACCAUCAAGAGAACUCUGAUUCUGAUUGGUCUGAUCUGGACGACCACCAUGUUGUCUUGUCUCCCUGACCUCUUCAUCACUUUGGCCACAGUGCCACUGGACUUCUUUCAUUCAAAGGUUUUCUGCCUCAGGGAAAAUGUUUUCGCAAAUCCCAUCAUCUUGGAGAAGAGAGAUAUCACAUAUAUAUUGUUGCUUGUUACAGUUUGGACUACUGUCUUUUACGCUUACUUCCAAAUUCUCUCCACUGCUCAAACAGCUAGCGAAGAUGCUAAAAAAGCCAGGAACACAGUCCUGCUCCAUGGGUUUCAGCUGCUUCUCUGCAUGCUAACAUAUGUAGCCCCGCAGCUUCGAGAUGUUCUGAUGCAAAGGUUUCCUCAGAACUCCACAGACAUCCUCUUUGCUUAUUAUAUUCUUAUCCAGGUCCUGCCACGAUCGAUCAGUCCGAUUAUCUACGGUCUACGAGACAAGGCUUUCAGAAAGUACCUCAAGAAGCAUUUAUCGUGUUGA